UUGGCGCAUGCGUCUGACAAUUUUCGGCCAUAUUGUUAUGACGCAUACAAGAUCAUAGGUCUCCGCCAGUGACGAGUCUUCUCGCAGUUGACGUGGCUACUACGUACCAUCCCGUUCGCCCACUCCGGACGCAGCAUAGACGGUGACGAGGAAUACGUAACUGGAUUUUCAAGCCAACAAGAAACUUCCGAAAAACAGAGAGUGUUUAUAAUCAUCGAAAGAUAUUGCCUUGAGCAUGUCUGAAGAUCAAGGAAUGCACAGAAAGUUGACCUUGAAUUUUAGGUGACCUUAGUGGGCAUGGAUGGAAUGGUGGAAGAGAAUGGCACUUCAACCGGUGCUGGUCCUGCGGAUCCACUGGGCAGUGCAAGCUCCUCGGCGCCCGCGUCAGCACCCCACGUAGUAGCUGUCACUAGCAUUGUGCAACUCACAUUACCAACCCAGGCUCCAUCUGCUCAGGUUCAGUCUGUGAUACAGCCAAACCAACAAUCUGUUAUUCAAACAGCAUCCAAUAUACAAUCUGUGCAGUUACCAAAAGGGAAUGUGAUUCUUGUUAGCAAACCAAGUUCAGUGAUACACACAACACAAGGAACAUUGCAAACAUUGCAGAUUAAACCAGAACCUAACUCAUUAGUCAGCACUCAAGGCCAAUCCUGCAGUGAUGACAGUUGUAGUGGUGAUGAGAGCCCCAAGAGAAAGUACCGGGAAAUGCUCACCAGGCGUCCCUCAUACCGCAAAAUCUUGAAUGAUCUUGGAGGUGCUGAAAUUGCUGAAAAUCGCAUGGGAUCUAAACCAGGAAACGAGAAUGAAGUGUCGCUGUCAUCUUCUUUAUCAUUUGGUUCAGUAAUUCCAGCGGGUGCUCUUCAAACUGAAAGUGGUUUACAUACACUGGCUGUAUCCGGAGGAGGAGCAGGCGGAGCGAUAGUUCAGUACUCGACAAAUCAAGACGAACAUUUUUAUGUUCCCGGUCCAAUGUUAGAAGAUCAGACACGUAAACGUGAAUUACGGUUGUUGAAAAAUCGCGAAGCAGCAAGAGAAUGUCGCCGGAAGAAAAAAGAAUACAUAAAAUGUCUAGAGAACAGAGUCGCAGUGCUUGAGAACCAAAAUAAAGCACUAAUAGAAGAAUUAAAAUCCUUAAAGGAAUUAUACUGUCAACAAAAGACAGAAUGAGGUCCAGCUGGCUAAACGGGUGUGCUGCUGCCCUGCCACAGAGCCGAUAGGCACACGUUGUUACUGUACUGUCUGUGCUAAAAUGCUGCAUUCGGAUUGCUUGAUUUGGCUAUCAACUUAGUUAGAAUUACAACUUUGUAAUUCUGUAUUUAGUAGUUGAUAAUGUCAAGUCAAUUAUUAUUGUUCAUGCAUUGAUUGAUCAAUCCCUUUUUUUAAAGUAUUGUUAGAUUUGAUGUAUUUGAAUUGUUAAUGUGUUUUGUAAUUUUCUAUUGUUGUUUUCAUAUCAUUUGUUUGAUUUUUAUCCAGUAUAAUUAUAACAGAACCGACACCAUAUUAGUAGCUAUUUACGUCUCUGUUUGAUUUUUAUAUAUAUUACCUGUUAAUAUAGGCUUAUUCGUUAAAUAGAAUUAAAAUGUCAGUCAUAACUUUAUUUACCAUUCCAAAAUGUUUUAGCAUACAUUUCAAGCAAGUUCGACUUGUGCCAUUUUUGGGGCGGUAAUGUUAUUAAAUCAUUCUACACGACUAGGUAAAUGAUUUUCUAAGAGUUCAAUAUUGUCAAUUAUUUGAUGCCAAGAAAAUAGGUUUUUGUUCAAGAUCCGUUUUUUGUCUUUUUUUUUAAUAUUAUUUACUUGUUUAUUUAAUGUGGCAAAUCACAAUUGACUAAUCUGAAAAUUGUUGAAAGUCGACUUUUGAAAUUGGACAAUUGUAUAUAAUUAUUUUACCGAUUUAAAGCUUGUGUUAUUCUAUAAACGGCUACAUCUUGGACUAUUCUUAUGAAAUAUGUGAGUAUAUUCGGCACACGAGGGCGCGGCACCUGUGCUAUGAGCCAAAAAGAAUCUUUUGUGAGUCUAUUGGGAAAAUAAAAAAAAAUAUUUUCUAUUGACGCAAAUUUGAACGUUUGCCAGUGUCAAUUUCAUAAUUUGAGUGUUUAUUUUCUCAAUCGACUAUAUCGACUAUAGCACUAAAAUACCAUUUAGCUUAUAGCCCAUGCCAUUUAGGUCAUUUAAGCAGUGUGGGGAACAAUGAAUGAACAGAAUGUGGCAGCAGGGCACACACCAUAGUCCUUAUUUUGUUUCCCUUUACUUUCUAAAAUCUGAUGCUAGUGUAAUUAAGUGUUGCUCUUUAUUUUCCCGCCACAUUCUUGUACGUCUUGUGAGUUGUAUAUGUAUACACUUAUGUUUCCUAACAAGCUCUGUAAUUUUUUCGUUCACAUCCGUUUCCUUACUAAAAAUAUGUAAAUAAAGACAAAUUUCCUGCACCACUCACGAUCAUGCUGCUGCGUUCUGUAUACGGUGCUAGUACUGAUAAUAAACAACACAACAGUAUCUGGUCUAGCUCCGGUGUGCGCCGUAGCCGUUACGCAUAACGUAUAUGUGAAAAAAAUCCCAAUAUACUACACAAAUUGUGUCAAAAUGCUAAAUUUCUAUUUAAUUGUCAUAGGUGACGGGGAUAAAGGACAAUACGCAUUAACCAGCCAUGUAGCGUACUAAGAAGGAUACUGUAAUGGUCGCAUUUAUCCGAAAUGCGUAAUAAAUAAAUUAACGUCGCCAACAGACCGCUUACUACAUUCAAAUAAAUAUGCAUGUCUUAAGUUGAAGGAAUGGUAUUGUUAUCACGUAUGCACGAUUGCAGAUAUUUUAAAAGUUUUAUUGUGUUUCUAACAAUUGCUGGACCUAAAAUAAUCAACUUGGGGUUGUUUUCUAGAUUUUAUUUUUAAUGUAGAUUAAUUUGAAAUAUUAGACACUAUUUUUUCUUUUCUUACAGAAUUAGAUACUUAUGACGAUAAAUAUAUUGAUUUCAAAUAUUGUGUGACGUCACGAUUAACUACUUUUUAUAGGGAGCGGUAAUGUCGCGAACUCCCACUCUUGAACUAAAAUCCGUUUUGUGUAUGUAUUGUAACCUUAUACGGCAAAAUACUUGUUGAAUAUUUUUCGUGGUCUGAUGGAUUAAAUAGAUAUUUAAUUUUCAUGAUUUAUCAACAACCCCAUUGAACAUGUUUAACAAUAUAAAUAUGUUGUAUAAAACUAAUUGUGUUGAUGAUGACCAGCCGUAUUGGCAACUGUGCUGUUUAAAUAAUCUAGUGACAAGUAGAUACAGUUUCAGUUUUGGCCGUUUGUAGAAGCCAGCAUUUCUUGUCUAAAACUUAAUUAACAUGCUGCUGCUAGUUUUUGUCACAUGUCUGUGAUUGAAGAUACUGAAGUGAUAAAUACAUAACACUGUAUAAACUGAUUUUAUCUUAUAUGUUGACACCAUACAGGGUGUUUAUAAUGGAUAAGCCAAAGUUAAUAUUUUUAGUUGUUUUGUGCAAUAUCCAUAUUGCAAUGUACAGUUGUCUAUUUUUCUUAUACUAAUAAAAUGAUACAUACCUUUAAAAUGAGAAUAAGAAUUUUGUACAUUGUGUAUAAAUAAAGAUAUGUAAAAAAGAAUGUAUAAAAAUCUGUAUAUAUACUAGUGUAAUAAUGUGGAUGAAAAAGUGAAUUGUUUUAAUCAAAUACAAUCAAAUUUUAUGUCUUACCCAUUAAGAAGAAUGUAUUUGAGGUUCAUGUUCUUAUUUACUUUCCUGACUCGUUAAAUUCUAUCGUCCACAUCAUGAUAUACACAUCAUGUAUUUUGUUUUUGUGAAUGGGUAAUUUUAGCUGACUACCAGAGUUAUAAUAAGAUUUUAUUAUAUUUUAUUUGCCAUGAUUGAUUUAUACUACAUACUUUUUGUUUUAAAUAUUAUUCACAACAAUUGAAUUAUUAUUGAAAUAUGUUACAUUAAUGUUUGUGUGUAAAUGUACUUGUUCUAUGGAAGAAACUGUUAUGUAUUACUGAUUUAUCAAUCAUGGCAAAUGAUUUAGCAUUAAUGAUAGACAUUGUGGAAAGUGCCUUUACUUAGAAUGAAUAAAAUUUAUACCAACAUAGCUCUUUAUGUUAACUUAAUGCUAUUUAUAAAAUUAAUAAUAUUAACUGUUUGAUGUAUUUA